AUGUCUGCCGUUGCUGAGCCCACGACCCAGACGUCCUCCGUCGAGUCGUCUCCUCGGUUGAACGCCGUCGACGCUGCAAAGCUCGAUCGUGCCGAAGUCGAAUCCGGAUACGGUUCCGCCACAGAUGCCUCAUCGACGUCGUCGUCCAUCCCCGCGCUCCCCUUGAUCUCCCUCACCCAACCCCAUCUCAAGCACCUCAACGACCAGCUCGAGAACAUGCACCCCCUCGACAUCCUCCGCUUCUCAAAGAUCAUGUUCCCCAACCUCUUCCAGUCGACGGCCUUUGGCCUCACCGGCCUCGUCACCCUCGACAUGCUCUCCAAGAUUCAAAAGGAGAACCCCUCCGCCGCCAACGUCGACCUCAUCUUCCUCGACACCCUCUAUCACUUCAAGGAGACCCACACCCUCGUCGACCGCAUCCAGGAGCGCUACCCCAACGUCGCCCUCCACAUCUUCAAGCCCUACGGCGUCGCCUCCACCGAGGAAUUCGAGGCCAUGUACGGCCCCAAGCUGUGGGAGACCGAGGCCGAGAUGUACGAUUGGAUCGCAAAGGUCGAGCCCCUCCAGCGCGCCUACCAGGAACUCGGCGUCGCCGCCAUCCUCACCGGCCGCCGCCGCUCCCAGGGCGGCGCCCGCGACAAGAUGCCCGUCAUCGAGGUCGAUGACGAGCGCGGCGUCAUCAAGAUCAACCCCAUGGCCAGCUGGUCUUUCAAGCAGGUCCAGGAGUACAUCAAGACCCACAACGUCCCCUACAACGACCUCCUCGACCAGGGGUACAAGUCCGUCGGCGACUGGCACUCCACCGUCCCCGUCAAGGAGGGCGAGGACGAGCGCGCCGGCCGCUGGAAGGGCCAGCAGAAGACCGAGUGCGGCAUCCACAACAAGAAGUCGCGCUACGCGCAGUACCUCGAGGAGAUGGAGCGCAAGGGCGCCGCCCCUGCGUCGUCGACUAAGGCGGCGGAGAAGGGCGAGGCGGCCAUCGCGCCUAAACAAGGACACCAACAACUGCCCGUCUCACCGGCCACCUUCACCACCCGCAAACACAAGAUCCUGGAACAGCUCAGCGUGCCUGAUGCCGAGUACACCGACGCCUCGCCCAAGGGAUCUGUGGACGUCGGCAUCCGCGAGCUGAUUGACGAGCUCAACGCCCUCGACGGCUUCGUCACGACGAGCAGCUGCGCGGGGCGCGUCAGCGUGUUUCUUGAGGGUCGCAAGGCGGGAGGGGCUGCGGGAACGGACCAGGGGACAGCAGCAGCAGCAGCAGCAGGAGGAGGAGGCACGUGGCUGUUCGUAUCGCACGAUCCCGUCCCCGGAUCGCACGACAACGACGAGGACCUAUUGCGUCUGUUUGGUCUCGUGGACGAAGACGCGGGAAGAGGAGCAGGGAAAGAACCCGGACAGGCUCGGCUUGUUCACUUCAAAUUCGAGCCCAUGAUCCUCCACAUCCUCACAGCAUCUCUAUCCCACGCCCAACUCCUCCUAAAAUGCGCCCUCGCAGCCGGCUUCCGCGAAAGCGGCGCCCUGAACCUCCUCCCCUCCGCAUCACAAGACGAUGCCGCAGCCUCAACCUUUGCCUCAUCGUCACCGCCCGUGACACCAAUGGUAGGCGUAAGAACAAUGGGCCUCGCCCUCGAAUCUCUCAUCGGCUACGUCGAUGAAGACGUCAACGAUGGCGCCGAGGGCAGCGCACGUCGUCACUGCACCGUCACGCCAGACUACCUCCGCGAUCUACUCCACAUCGCCAACGAGCGUUUCGUAGAAAACGCCGCCCGCAUCGCGCGGUUCCGCACCGCUUUGCAGGAGGCCGUUGCCGGUCCCCCGCCUAAAGUGGGCGAGGGGGGCGCCGCGUGGGAGGACGCCGAUGCCAGGAGGGAGCGGAAGAGGGCUGAGGGUCUGCGACGGAAGGAGGUGUUGGCUGCUAGACAGAAGACGACGCAGCAGGCUCCGUCAGAGGGUCAACACCUGAUAGAGCUGGUGGCUGAAAUAUGA